ACCAAUGAUAAACAAUCACAAGAUCGUUUGAAGACAUGGAAAAACAUUCUCAAGUUGACUAUCGAUAGACAGAGAGGACCUGUUAUUACACCAAUGUAUGUAGUCUGUGUGUGUGUAAACUGAACUGAACGUAAACGAUCAAACGUGUAAGCUGUUCUAACUAAACUGCAGUCCAAACUCCUAUGUCACCUAUCCCUGUUUUGAGAAACGAAACUGAAACGACGUAGACUAUACUGACUGAUUUUGCUGGAAACAUACAGUAGCGAGUGGCGUCAAUUGCCUGCUUUUCUACAGCACGAACUGUGAGAGGGGAUAUCCAGAUCCAGUGAUGGGUGUGCACGACCUGUGGUCCAUUCUUGGCCCGGUUUGUGAGUCUGUGCCGUUGUACAGCCUCGCUGGAAAGACACUGGCCGUGGAUCUAAGCUUAUGGGUAUGUGAGGCACAACACGUCCAAGGAAUGAUGGGGAAGGUCACCAAGCCACACCUUAGGAACCUGUUUUUCAGAGUCUCGUCUCUCACGCUAAUGGGAGUAAAGCUUGUGUUUGUCAUGGAAGGAGAGGCUCCAAAACUCAAAGCAGAGACAAUGAGGAAAAGGACAGAUAUGAGAUUCGGGGGGUUCAAAAAGCCAAUAUCUAAAACCACCACCACUAAAACAACCACUACUAAAGGAACCACCAGGGGGCGCUUUAAUGCUGUGCUCAGAGAGUGUGCGGAGAUGCUGGACUGUCUGGGGGUUCCCUGGGUCACAGCAGCCGGGGAGGCUGAGGCCAUGUGUGCCUACCUGGACUCCCAGGGCCUGGUGGACGGCUGCAUCACCAACGACGGAGACGCCUUCCUCUACGGCGCUCAGACCGUCUACAGAAACUUCAACAUGAACACCAAGGAUCCUCAGGUUGACUGCUACAAGAUGCCCCGGGUCCAGUUAGAGCUGCAACUGGAGAGGGAAACUCUAGUUGGCCUGGCCAUCCUUCUGGGCUGUGAUUACAUUCCUAAGGGUAUACCAGGUGUUGGUAAAGAAUUGGCGCUGAAGCUUAUUAAGACAUGCAAAGGACAAACUCUUUUACAAAAAUUCCAUCAGUGGAGGGAGGAGGGUGUUGGUGUUUCAGGAGAGGGCAGAAAGAAGGUUCCUCACUGCCUGGUGUGCCGCCAUCCCGGGUCAGCUAAGGCCCAUGAACGCGCUGGCUGUGUAUUGUGUGACAGUAAACACUUCUGUGAGCCCAAGGACUACGAUUACCAGUGCCCCUGUGACUGGCAUCGCUAUGAGCCGACUUACCACACCUCUUCAGUUGAGGCCAGCAUCAGGAAGAAAACUCUGGCCAGUGAUCAAUUCCCUUUCACAGAGAUCGUCAAUGAAUUUCUGAUUGCUAAAGACAAGCCUGUGUACCAUUUCAAAAGGAGAAAACCAAAUAUGUUGUUGAUGCAGAACUUCGCACACGAUAAAAUGGAGUGGCCGAAGCACUACACAAGUGCAAAGGUUUUGGUCUUGAUGACAUACAGUGAGCUGAUGAACAGAAGGCAUGGGAGAGAGACAUCGUCACAGAUUCAACCAAUACAAAUAUGGAAACCACGAGUGAGAAACGCGGUGGCCUGCUUCGAAGUGAUCUGGAGGAAACCAGAUCACUAUGUGUUUCCUGAGGAGCACGCUGCAGCAAGCCGGGAGGAAGUGAGGACGGUGGAGGAAGAGGCUCUGUUCCGUGUGGCCUACCCAGAGGUGGUGGAGCUCUACCUGGGAGAGAAGGCCCUGGCAGAAGAGAAGAAGAAGACCAAUAAGAACAAACCGAAGAGUAAAAAAGAGGAACCAGCUGAUGCGUGCGAUGGAGUUUCUGACCUCCUGAGCCAGAUGUCUUUGCAUGGCUCGACCACUGAAAGAAACCCCCAACAGCCUAACCGUGAGCCCAAUCCACCUACCGCGAGUCACCUCAGACCAGAGAGAGUUCCUCUCCUGUCCUCAGAGCAGUGUGUGAGCCCGGGGGAGGAGGCCCCUCCUGAAGCUUCUACCAAGCCUCUGAGAACGGAUGUGGGAUCACCUCCCUCUCUGACCUCCUCUUGGAAAAGUCCGGAAAUGGCAUCAUCUCCGUCCAUCUCAACAGUGAUGGACGCACUUCACCUAAGCGACAUUGACUGGGAGGCUAUGUCUUUCACUUCCUCGCCAACCCCCCCUACGACCAGCACUCAUAUUGCAGGUCCCAAGCCUGUCAGAACUUUGCAGGACAAUGUCGAGCAAAGGGAGAGGAAAACAACACAGGCUUCCUCAUCUGAUCUCAGACCAGCUGAGUCGACAUCCUCAGAGCCGUGUGAGUCAGACUUUUCCCUUAGAGACAGGGUUCUUAAGAGGAAUACAUUCCAAUCUGUGAAGAUCAUUGAGCUGCACCAUGAUCAUGUCACAAAGCAUGUGAACUCUGUUUCAAAGGCCAUAAAUCCUAUCUAUUCUCAUAACCAGGGUGCCAAGCCAACUGUACUGAUUCCUAAUAAAGACCUGAUUGAUCGCAAGCCAGUAGGGAAGCCCCCGAAUGGCAACAAACAAGCUCCAUUGGUUGAUAAGGACCAGAAUGGGACCUAUGAGCUCAACUCUGUAUCCUCAAACCAAAAGCUCUCAAAAGGCACCCACAGAUCCUCGGCACAACAAGUACAAAGAUCGAAAGACGAUGGGUCUGGUAAAUGCAAACCUCAACACAAGUAUACAUUUGUAAAAGCAGCCAUUUCGUCAUCCUCUGUCCUACCACUGCGAAGCCACUCUGAGUCCGGCGAGGGAGACAAAAACUGCAAACGACACCAUGCUACCAAGAAGAGCGUGUGCACCAGUGUGUGUUCAUCCAGCGAGGACAGCGAUGUGGAGAACCACCAACCAGAAACCCAGAGGAGGGCUACAGACGAGCCCAGGUGCCUCAACCUCACUGACUACCCGCUGAAGCCCGUCUCUGUACCCAGCAUCACCAAGGUAGCCUCGGAAACCAUACCCGCCAGCGUGGUUGGACAGGUGCCACAUAGUUGUGUUCUGUCCAAGGUGAAAUACCAGCUUGUGCCACUAAAACCAGCCACCAUUGUUGAUGAUGAUGUAUUCAUUCAAAUCCCUAGUUCCCCAGUGACCAUUUCCGAUGACGAUGACUCGGUGGUUUGUGCUGAGAGCCCACUGCCACUGGCUGAGCGGCUGAGGCUGAAGUUCUUGAACUAAAUGUUGUACAUUUAGUCAUUUAGCAGACGCUCUUAUCCAGAGCGUAGUUGUUGUAGUUGUAGUGUUGUAGGUGAUUUAAAUGGAGUGACCCAUUGCUUGUAUAUGUUGUACUCAAGUGGAGAGGAUUUUUUUUAUAUUAGUGCAGUAAUAAAAUAUAAAAAGUACUUGGGGAUGUUUAUGAUUUGGUAGAAUUAUUAAACACCCUUUACCAGUAUAUGUAUUUUCUGUGUUUUUUGAAAUAUUUGCCUACUUUUUCAUUGCUUCAUCCAAGUUCAUGCAAAAGGCACUACAGCAAAUGAUUGCUAGGUCGAUAUUGCAUCCAUUUUCUUGUUUGGCUGAUCAAUUAUACAACUUUCUGUAGAGCUAUUUAUUAUCGUCUUAUUUGAGAAGGAAACGUCCUUAUAAAUACAUAAACAAUCACUUGGUAAAAAAAAUCAUUUCACAGAUAUAGACUGGGCCGCAGAGGUUCUCGUCGUCACUGGCUCCCCAACAGUAGAGGGUUUAUGACCCGCCCUGUGCUGGUUCUUUUGAUCAGUAGUGACUCGUUGCACACCUUUCCAGACAUGAAAGGCCUGUCAGGUUAGUGCGUCUCACAGAGUCUCGGUGACAGCUGCAUCCUCCUUGCUCGUGUGCGUAAUGACAUCCUCCGUAAGAACAUCCGGCAAACCAAUCUGUGGGUUUAUAAUUUGCUGUAAAAUACAGGAAAGAAGACAUAAACUUUCAAAUAUAUUAUUUGUGCAUUUUGUUAGCCGUUACUUGAUGUGCGUAAUGGUUUUUACGCGCCCGCGAACUGUGAAUUCUACUUCAUUACAGGGAUUUUCUUACAUCAGUGUAUUUGGGUAAUUUGUCUUUCAGCAUAUGCCUACGUUAUCUUUUUUUGUAUGUUCCAUAAAUUGCCUCUCCAUGCCAGA